CAAAAACGGCGAGGCUGAAGCAGGCGAAAGAAGAGGCGGAGAAAGAGGCUGCUGAGUUUCGUGCCCAGCUGGAGGCUGAAUUUCAGAAGAAACUCGCAGAGAGCAGUGGUGAUAGUGGGGCAAACGUGAAGCGGCUGGAAGCGGAGACUGAGGCCAAAAUCCAACGCCUCAACAACGAAUCUGAAAGGAUUUCUGCUGAUGUCGUCCAAAUGCUUCUCAGGCAUGUCACCAAGGUCAAGAAUUAGCUAAAAAUAGUAAGUACUGGACUCUCUUCUGCCUUGUGCUUGUUUUUUUUUCUGGAUUUUAGCUGCUUUGUUGUUCUUGUUUCUGACUUAAAAUGGCUUAUGUAUUGUUGUAUUAUGUGUGCAUUGUUGUAUUAUGUAUGUAAGUUGUUGGGGCACUAUGACAAUUAGGAGUAAAUGGUGGCAUAACCUAUUAGAUAUUUUAAAUGGAAGCUAUUAAUAA